AUGAUACUCAUCUUUCAUAAUUCUGUGGAAAUAUUUUAUGAUUUUUUACCUGCUAUUUUGAGUAGCUUAGAAGAAAUGAUAACAUGGUCCGAUAAGGAAACGGCAACAAAAGCUAAUCAAUUACUUUUAGUUUUACAGGCUACUGAAUUUCACGUUAGUGUGGCUAUAAUUAAUAAAAUGUUCAAAUAUACCAAGCCUCUUAGUAUUUACUUGCAGAAGCAAAAUAUUGAUUUAUGCGAAGCCAUUAACCAUAUUGAUCUUAUUAUAAAAGAGUUGAUAUCUAUUCGGGAAAAUGCUGAAACUGUUUUCAGUGAUUUAUUCAAAAUAAUUGUAAAACAAUCGAAAGAAAUGGAUAUAGAAAUUAAAAUUUCAAGGCUUGCAAAGAGACAAAAACACCGAUGCAAUAUAAUGAUGAACACACCUGAAGAAUAUUAUAGAGUAAGCAUUUUUAUUACAUUCAUUGACUCUAUUAUUCAACAGUUAAAAGAUCCAUUUACUAAAUAUAGGGAAAUAAUAUCUGGUUUUCAAGCGUUGAUUGAUUGUAAUAUUAAAACAGAUCUUCAUCAACUUGUAAAUUUUUAUCAAAAUGACGUUGAAUGCUUUGAUAAAGUAGUUAUUGAAAUUAAUUUAUGGAAUAGGUUUUUAAAAGAAAAUAAUAUUAAACCCAUAAGUGCAUUGGACGCAAUAUCAAAAUGUAAUCCUGAAUUUUAUAAAAAUGUUUAUACACUAAUGCACAUCCUUGUUGUUCUCCCUGGUACAUCAUGUGAAGCGGAAAAAACAUUCUCGUCACUCAAGAGAAUAAAAACUAUUUAA